GUUAAACCCUACUCACCAAACCCUUCCCGUCUUCUCUGCUCUCAUCUCAGAACCCUAAACAGAAAUGGCGAUCUGCAAUAUCAUCAGAAGAGCAGCCGGUCAUGCCGCCGGAGCUGCUCGAUCCAUAGCGAGAGCUCAAAGGUAUCACCACCGCCAGUACUCCUCCAUGUUCUCCGCCGCUGCUGCCGCCGCCAACCGUGGUGGCGUUUCUGGAAGUUUCGUCCGGAGCGCCGUUCCCUCCGCGUUUCACCACUACUCCACGAAGUCCGACGAGGCUCUGCUCAAAGUGAUUGAAUCGGAGAUCAAUGCUCACAUUGAAUCUGAAGGCACUAACGAGGCUGAGGAUGUUCCCACCGGGUUUCCCUUCAAAAUUGAAGAUAAUCCAGGAUACCAGACGGUAACUCUGAGAAGAGAGUAUCAAGAUGAAGACAUCACUGUUGAAGUCCACAUGCCUGACCUAGUUUCCGGUGAUGAAGGAAAUGACCGAAUGAGAUACAAUGAUGAUGAUGAUGAGCAGGACAAUAACUCUCAAAUUCCUCUUGUAGUUUGUGUUUCCAAAAAGAAUGGUCCUGCUUUGGAGUUUGGCUGCACUGCUUUGCCCGAUGAGAUUUCCAUAGACAGCCUCUCUUUUAGAGAUCCUAAGAGCGAUGAGGAUAACAUUGCAUACGAAGGGCCUGAUUUUUUGGAUUUGGAUGAGAAUCUGCAGAAGGCAUUUCACAAGUAUCUGGAGAUCAGAGGGAUAAAGCCCAGCACAACAAACUUCUUGCACGAGUACAUGAUUGACAAGGACGGGAGAGAGUACUUGAUGUGGCUCCAGAACAUCAAGAAGUUCAUCCAGGCCUGAAAAAACUCUUUUGGCUCAUAACAACUUCAUCUUCUAGAAGUUACAUGGGGAUGUGAUUGCUUACUUCUUUGGAAACUUCCAAGUGAUGGAUGUAGUUUUCAUUUUUUUUCAUGAGGUCAAAAACUGCGUGCUUUUCCAUUGUCAUCAUGCGUUGGGAACUAUUUUUCUGGUGCUUUAGAAUGCAUAUUGUUUAAUAUUCUCUCAGUCCACAAAUGAAGUUUCCAUUUAUUG